GACUAUAUCUCCCAGAGACCUUUAGGCGGGUGGUGGGCGGUGUGCGCGUAAGCCCCGCGGGGCUAAAGGUCUAGUCCUCUAAGCCUUUGGACUCCGGCCCCUGUUUGCUUUGCUCGGACUUGAGUGCCCGUUCUCUCGAGCUCCCCAGAGCCUCAGUCCACCCAGGUCCGAACUGGAAGGAGCCUCAUCUGUCUACCAACUCUGAGUACCUGGGAUUAGAGAUUCAGAAGCCUCAAAGAUGUCUCAUGACCCACCCCCUCCUUAUCCUGGAGGCCCCACAGCCCCGCUUCUGGAGGAGAAAAGUGGAGCCCCGCAAACCCCAGGCCGAACCUCCCCAGCCGUGAUGCAGCCCCCACCAGGCAUGUCGCUGCCUCCUGCAGACAUUGGCCCCCCACCAUAUGAGCCACCAGGUCACCCAGUGCCCCAGCCCGGCUUUAUCCCUCCACAUGUGAAUGCAGAUGGCGCUUACAUGCCUCCAGGUUUCUACCCUCCUCCAGGCCCCCUUCCACCCAUGGGCUACUACCAGCCGGGGCCCUACCCACCAGGGUCCUACCCUGGCCCUGGGGGUCACACAGCCACAGUCCUGGUCCCUUCAGGGGCUGCCACCACGGUCACAGUGCUGCAGGGAGAGAUCUUUGAGGGCGCACCCGUGCAGACAGUGUGUCCCCAUUGCCAGCAGGCCAUCACCACCAAGAUCUCCUAUGAAAUUGGCCUGAUGAACUUCGUGCUGGGCUUCUUUUGCUGCUUCAUGGGGUGUGACCUGGGCUGCUGCUUGAUCCCGUGCCUCAUCAACGACUUCAAGGAUGUGACACACACAUGCCCCAGUUGCAAAGCCUACAUCUACACAUACAAGCGCCUGUGCUAACGGAGCUGGACUGGAUCCCACUGUCAGUCUGGCCCCCUGUGCUUUGCUCCCCACGCUCAGUGACUUACGUCCCCAGUCCCACUUGGGGGUGGAAGCUGUUUUACCGCUCCCCUAGAAGUCUUGUCCUCUUUGCCUUGCCCUUCCCUGAGCAUCUGACUCUUACGGCAACAGUUCUGUUGGAUUUAAGGCCAAGGGUCAGCGAGUGGCAGGGAGCUGGCACUGAGCGUGUGUGUUGCUGGUUUGCUUUAAGAAGAUAAACUAGGAAGGGCCUCCCUGCUGGGGUCUCACUCCUCCAUUUUUGUAUGAGGUACAGAUUUGGUCCUGAUUAUCCUUGGGACCAAAACCAGCUAGAGCAAUGGCUAUUUUCCAGACCUGGCCCUACAAUGGGACUGCUCCUGUAGCUAGGUUCUGAUUUGUUGGGCUGGAAGUAGGGAUGUGAGUCCAAAUAGACAGGGUCAUACGGCCAGGGCUUAUUUCUGGGUUGCUAGAGGUAGGCAUGAUGGGCAGCAGCAAUGAGACUGGCCCUCAGAAUUCUCAGGAACUCAACACCUUGUCCAAGUGCCCAGGAGCCACCUGGAAUAAGAGGUCAGGCACAGCUGAAGUUCAUGGGAUAAGUCACCAAGGGACUUGCCUCUGGCACUUGCCCAGCUCCCUUUCUGGCUGUGCCUCUAUGAUUAUCUUUACGGGGGCCAAAAGGAAUGCCCAGCUAGGACCAGAGAUGGCAGAUAGGGCCCCUCCCUGUGGGUACACUGAAGAUUUACAGUGGUCUCUCUGUGGAUCCCCUCUAGUGAACACUGGGCCCUUCACCCAGGCUGACUCAGUUGCUGUUUUUGCUCCAGGCACUACAGCAGGAGCAACUGUAGCACUGGAUUGGGGACCAGGAAGGAGCAGCAGCCACAAGUGGCAGAAGUACCCUGGUGGAUGCUAAUCCUGCCGUGGGCCUGAGGCCAUGCUGUCUAUUUUCUGAAUGGUUUGUCUGUGAACUUGCUCCUAUGGACCGCUGUACCCUGCUGCCACCCCUCUCUCCUGGUCUCACACUGCCACUGCAUGGCCUUCUGUCACUGUGAAUUGUGGUCAGUCUGUUUGUAGAUUCUCAUUAAAUUGGUCCUUUCACUCCCUGCCUUGGGUCUGUGCUCUCUUGCCUGGCUUCCUUCUUUUGCAAGGGAAAGAGGGUGGAGCUACAGGUAGUCUGAGGGGAGGGGCCUGGGGGGUCAAGUCGUCAGGGUCUCAGUGCUUACGCUAUACUGACUGCCCAUGAAUGACACUGGCACUUAAGUACCUAAUUAAACCAAGCCAGAGUUAGUGUGGACAAGCCUUGGCAUUCCAGCAAUGGCUGGGCCAGGGCAUGUGUUGGCUACCUUACUGAUACUGGUUUUACCCACCUCUACACCACAGCAUUGGCCCAAGAGAGCUGGAGGCUGGAGCAGCCCAGCUCAAGCUCAAGCUCAGGGUCAUCCUACCCAGGAAAUAGGUAGCUUUGUUCCCUUACAUAAGACAGAGGCAAUGGGGCUAAGGCUUCUGGGGGAGGUGGGACAGUUAGUCUGGGCCCCAGGUUUUAGACCAGCUCUGUCCCUACCUUCAUCUGAACUGUGGAAGUAGGUAGGUUUGGUCAGAAGUUUAAAAUAGAAGCUUCCCCACCAUUUAACUCUUUGUGAAUAGUAUGUUCGCAGAUCCUCAAUAUAUAAAACAAGUAAUAGAUUCCUAUUAAUAAAAAUAUUUAAGUUCA